AUGACGGGAUACUCGACCAUCGCCUCUGGCACCUCGUCAGCAGGGGGAAUGGCGAACACACGUCGUGUCCGUGGCCCCAAGAUGGGCGGUGGCGGCCACGCUUCCAUGAUGAGCAGCAAUAUCAACCUCCUCAAUACCAUCAUUGGUGCCGGAACGCUGGCCAUGCCUGCGGCCAUGUCGCAUUUUGGCGUCAUGCUCGGCGUUCUGUUGAUCAUCUGGUGCGGUUUCACCUCGGCCCUGGGCCUUUAUCUGCAGUCGCGCUGCGCCCGCUACCUAGAUCGCGGCACAUCUUCGUUCUUCGCCCUCUCUCAGAUUACCUAUCCGAACGCUGCUGUCGUGUUUGACGCCGCUAUCGCCAUUAAGUGCUUUGGCGUGGGCGUCUCGUACAUGAUUAUCAUCGGGGACCUCAUGCCCGGCGUGGCAGAGGCUUUUGGGCUGACAUCAAUGGAUCUACCAUAUCUGGAGGACCGCAGAUUUUGGAUUACGAUCUUCUUUCUGAUCUUCAUCAUCCCGCUCAGCUUCCCGAAAAAAUUGGACUCGCUCAAGUACACGAGCGUCGUGGCCCUGAUGGCCAUUGGAUACCUGGUUAUCCUGGUCGUCUACCACUUUGCGGCUGAUGAGAUCCCGAACCAUCGGGACAUCCGCGUUAUUAGAUGGGAGAGCCCGGUUACCGUGCUCAGCAGCUUGCCGGUUGUCAUCUUUGCCUAUACCUGCCACCAGAAUAUGUUCUCGAUUGUCAACGAGAUCAAGGACAACUCGCCUGGCAGCAUUGUAGCUGUUAUUACUGCUAGUAUCGGUACCGCCGCUUCUGUCUACAUCCUGGUUGCUAUUACCGGCUACCUCACUUUUGGCAACGAUAUUAAGGGCAACAUUGUGGGAAUGUAUCCUCCGUCGGUUGCUUCAACCAUUGCCAAAGCAGCCAUCGUCGCCCUCGUCACCUUCUCUAUUCCUCUGCAGAUCCAUCCCUGCCGUGCCUCGCUCGACGCCGUCCUUCGCUGGCGCCCCAACAAGUCCCGCUCCGCCAGCACCUCCCAGUCCGCUGCCGGCAGCCAGCCGCUGCUGGCCGCCUCCGCCAGCAUCUCUGCCCCCGCGCCCGUCCUUGACAGCCACGGUGCCCCGGUUGUGGUUAUGUCAGAAUUGCGGUUUGCCCUGAUUACGUCGACUAUUCUCGUGUUGAGUUACCUUGCCGCGCUGAAUGUUUCUUCGCUCGACAGGGUGUUGGCGUAUGUGGGGAGUACCGGAUCGACAGCGAUUUCGUUUAUUCUUCCUGGCCUGUUUUACUACAAAAUCAGCGACCCCGAUAGUAUCUACCAUCAACGUCUGUCUAAGGAAGAUGAUGACGCUGAUUUUGACGGCGGGGUUUCUGAGAGUGGCGAUGAAGAAGAAGGCGCCGGUGACCUGGGUGCCAGCGGGCUUCUGGAGGGUAGUGUGGCUAGCUUGAGGUCAACGGCCAGUUCUGCGAAGUCAGCGGCCACGGGACGAUGGAAGUGGAGGAGGAAGUGGCGCUGGGAUUUGGAACAUUUAGAGACGGUUUUGUUACGAAAGAUGGCAUUGUUUUUGUCGGUGUACGGGGUAUGUGUGAUGUUUAUUUGCUUGGGUAUGAAUGCCUUCUUCCGCUAA